CAUUGGAUACAAUUUUGAUAUUUGAGCCAAAGCUGAGUCAAUGGUUUCCUGCUAUUUUGGAUUAUAGCACUUUUUCCCAGCACUUUUUUUCCACCAUGAAUCCCCUCAGUUACCCCAUCACGCUGCAGCUGCUGCUUAGUACUGUGCUUGGCCCCUGUCUGGGCCUGGAGUUUACGGGUGAACCCGGGCAGUGGGCUCGCUAUCUCCGCUGGGACGCCAGCACCAGAAGUGACCUCAGCUUUCGGUUCAAAACAGACAUGUCCACCGCCUUGCUCUUGUACUUUGAUGACAGCGGCUACUGCGACUUCCUGCAGCUAAUGGUGGUAGAGGGCAAGCUGCAGCUGCAGUUUAGCAUCGACUGCGCCGAGACCACCAUCGUCUCUGACAAGAGGGUUAAUGACAGCAGCUGGCACUUUGCCAGCGUGGGCAGGUACAACCUGAGAACUGUGCUGGGUUUGGACGGGGCGAGCAAGGCGGACGAGGUCAGGCCGCAGAGGCAGUACAUGAAGAUAGUGAGCGACCUCUUCUUGGGCGGCGUUCCUCAGGACAUCCGGACAUCUGCACUCACACUGCCCACGGUCAAAGACCUUCCGCCAUUUAAGGGAGUUAUCACAGACCUGAAAUAUGGUAACAAGGAGCCCACUCUUAUGGGCAGCCAGAAGGUUCGUCUGGAUAUGGAGGGCCUCUGCACUGACAACCCCUGCCAGAAUGGUGGCAGCUGCUCCGUUGUAGAUGGAGAACCAUUGUGCGAUUGUUCCAAGACAGGAUAUUUGGGACGAUACUGCAGUGAAGAGGUCAACAGCGUCCCAGGGUUAGCACACAUGAUGAUGGCUGAACAAGCGCGAGAGGAAAACGUGGCCACCUUCCGCGGCUCGGAGUACUUCUGCUACGACCUGUCUCAGAACCCCAUCCAGAGCAGCAGCGACGAGAUCACGCUCUCCUUUAAGACCUGGCAACGCAACGGACUCAUCCUACACACGGGCAAGUCGGCAGACUAUGUUAACCUGGCGCUGAAAGAUGGAGCCGUUUCACUCGUCAUCAACUUGGGUUCCGGGGCUUUUGAGGCCAUCGUGGAGCCCGUCAACGGCAAAUUCAACGACAACGCCUGGCACGAUGUCAAAGUCACUCGCAACCUGCGACAGCAUUCAGGCAUUGGACAAGCUAUGGUAAACAAACUACAUUGUCUGGUAACUAUCUCGGUAGACGGCAUCCUCACCACCACAGGUUACACGCAGGAGGACUACACGAUGCUUGGCUCGGACGAUUUCUUCUACGUCGGGGGAAGUCCAAGCACGGCGGAUUUACCUGGCUCGCCUGUGAGCAACAACUUCAUGGGCUGUCUGAAAGAGGUCGUCUACAAAAACAACGACAUCAGGCUGGAACUCUCCCGUCUUGCCCGGAUCGUGGAUCCUAAAAUGAAGAUCCAGGGUGACGUGGUGUUUAAGUGUGAGAACGUUGCCACUCUGGACCCGAUCUCGUUUGAGACGCCUGAGGCCUACAUCAGCCUGCCCAAGUGGAACACCAAGCGAAUGGGCUCCAUAUCGUUUGACUUCCGCACCACGGAGCCCAACGGCCUCAUCCUCUUCACCCACGGCAAGCCCCAGGACAGGAAAGACGCUCGCAGCCAGAAAAACACAAAGGUGGACUUCUUUGCAGUGGAGCUUCUGGAUGGAAGCCUAUACCUGCUAUUAGAUAUGGGCUCUGGGACCAUCAAGGUAAAGGCUACGCAGAACAAGGUGAACGACGGGGCCUGGUACCACGUGGACAUCCAGCGGGACGGACGAUCGGGCACAAUAUCAGUUAACAGCCGCCGCACUCCAUUCACUGCCAGUGGAGAGAGUGAGAUUCUGGAUCUGGAGGGGGACAUGUACCUAGGGGGGCUCCCUGAGAACCGGGCAGGCCUCAUCCUGCCAACUGAGCUGUGGACUGCCAUGCUCAACUACGGCUACGUAGGCUGCAUCCGAGACCUGUUCAUCGACGGCCGGAGCAAGGACAUCCGGCAAAUUGCUGAGGCUCAGAAUGGAGCUGGGAUCAAACCCUCGUGCAACAAGGUGUCGGGGAAGCAGUGUGAAAGCUACCCCUGCAAGAAUAAGGGGGUGUGUAAGGAGGGCUGGAACCGGUUCAUCUGCGACUGCACAGGCACCGGCUACUGGUCCCGCACAUGUGAGAGGGAGGCGUCCAUCCUGAGCUACGACGGUAGCAUGCACAUGAAGGUGGUCAUGCCAACGGUCAUGCACACGGAGGCGGAGGACGUGUCGCUGCGUUUCAUGUCUCAGCGAGCGUACGGCCUCCUGAUGGCCACCACCUCCCACGACUCGGCCGACACGCUGAGGCUGGAACUGGAUGGCAGCCGGGUCAAACUAACGGUCAACUUAGACUGUAUCAGGAUAAACUGUAACUCCAGCAAGGGGCCAGAGACACUGUAUGCUGGACAAAAACUCAAUGAUAAUGAAUGGCAUACAGUACGGGUCAUCCGACGGGGUAAAAGCUACAAGCUCACGGUUGACGAUGACGUAGCAGAAGGUCAGAUGGUGGGUGACCACACUCGGCUGGAGUUCCACAACAUUGAGACGGGCGUUAUGACGGAGCGCCGUUUUGUCUCGCUCAUUCCGUCCAGCUUCAUCGGCCAUCUCCAGAGCCUCAAGUUCAAUGGCAUGCUCUACAUCGACCUGUGCAAGAACGGCGACAUCGACUUCUGCGAGCUAAACGCUCGUUUCGGCAUGCGUUCCAUCAUUGCUGAUCCUGUGACCUUCAAAACCAAGAGCAGCUACUUGAGCCUUGCCACAUUGCAGGCCUACGCGUCCAUGCAUCUUUUCUUUCAGUUUAAAACCACCUCUCCUGAUGGCUUCAUCCUUUUCAACAGUGGGGAUGGCAAUGACUUCAUUGCUGUGGAGUUGGUGAAAGGGUACAUCCAUUAUGUGUUUGACCUGGGCAACGGACCUAAUGUUAUCAAGGGCAAAAGUGACAGAGCUCUCAAUGACAACCAGUGGCACAACGUCGUCAUUACUAGAGACAACAGCAACAUACACACGUUGAAAGUCGAUGCCAAGGCAGUGAGUCAAGUUGUCAACGGUGCCAAAAACUUGGACUUGAAAGGUGACCUCUACAUUGCUGGUUUGGGCCCUGGUAUGUAUGGCAACCUACCAAAGCUUGUUGUGUCAAGAGAAGGCUUCAAAGGUUGUCUUGCCUCUGUGGACCUGAAUGGCCGUCUCCCCGACCUCAUCAGUGACGCCCUGUUCCGCAGUGGUCAGAUUGAACGAGGAUGUGAAGGUCCUAGCACAACAUGUCAAGAGGACUCGUGUGCCAACAUGGGCAUCUGUAUCCAGCAAUGGGAGAACUACACCUGUGACUGUUCCAUGACCUCCUACACGGGCACGCAGUGCAAUGACCCUGGGACAACUUAUAUCUUUGGGAAGGGAGGUGGCCUGAUUACAUUCAACUGGCCCGCUAAUGAGAGACCAAGCACACGCACAGACAGACUGACUGUGGGUUUCAGCACAUCACUGAAAGAUGGCAUUCUUGUCCGCAUUGACAGCGCCCCGGGCCUUGGAGACUAUCUCAUGCUCCAUAUCGAACAAGGAAAAAUCGGUGUCACGUUCAAUAUAGGAACAGCAGAUAUACUUGUGCAAGAGAGCAGUAUGCCAGUGAAUGAUGGCAAAUACCAUGUGGUUCGAUUCACCAGAAAUGGUGGCAAUGCUACGCUUCAGGUCGACAACUGGGCCAUCAAUGAGCACUUCCCCUCAGGCAACAACGAUAAUGAGCGAUUACAAAUGGCAAAUAAGAAAAUCCCAUUCAAAUAUGCCCGGCCUGUAGAGGAGUGGCUCCAAGAGAAAGGGCGUCAGUUAACAAUAUUCAACACCCAGGCUACAAUUACCAUCGGAGGCACGGACCGCAAAAGGCCGUUCCAAGGCCAACUGUCAGGGCUCUACUACAACGGCCUAAAGGUCUUAAACAUGGCUGCACAAGGUAACCCCAACAUCAAAAUAAACGGCAGCGUACGCCUGGUCGGGGAAGUGCCAUCGGUCGCUGGGUCAGCCAGGACCACAGCCAUGCCACCCGAGAUGUUCACCACUUUCAUCGAAACCACCACAACUAUGUCCACCACCACCACGAGAAAGCAUCGCUCUUCACCCACAAUACAGGAACAAGGGACACAAAAUACCACAGAUGACAAUGGCUCUUCAGCGGAGUGCUCCAGCGAUGAUGAGGACAUGGAUGAAUGCGACUCCGGACAUGCAGGUGAAUUAGUAAUCCCAAUACUAGUAGAGGAUCCUUUAGAGCUCCCUCCUGUAGCUACUCGUGCACCCUCCAUCCCCCUCUCCCCAACCCUCCGCCCCCUCCUCACCAUUAUUGAGACCACCAAAGAGUCCCUGUCCAUGGCCACUGAGGCGGGGGUACCUUGCUUGUCGGACCGAGGCAGCGAUGAUUGUGAUGAUGAUGGCUUGGUGAUAUCUGGGUAUGGCUCUGGGGAAGCAUACGACUCUAACCUGCCCCCUACUGAUGAUGAAGAUUUUUACACCACCUUCUCCUUGGUAACAGAUAAGACCUUGUCUUCGUCGGCAUUUGAAGGUGGCUACAAAGCUCAGGCGCCUAAGUGGGAAGCCAAGGACUUUAGACCUAACAAAGCCUCCGAAUCUGGUAGGACUACUACCGCGUCUUUAACCCCCAAGCUGAUCCGCUCCACAACUUCCUCCACGCCCGAAAUGCUACCCAAACUGCCUGCAGGCAAAAUGAAUAACCGAGAGCUAAAACCCCAGCCAGACAUAGUCUUGCUUCCAUUGCCCACUUCCUAUGAGGUAGACAGCACAAAGCUGAAGAACCCAUUAAUAACCUCCCCCAUGUUCCGUAAUGUACCCACAGCAAUCCCCACCGAGCCGGGCAUCAGGCGGGUUCCGGGGGCCUCGGAGGUGGUCCGUGAAUCUAGCAGCACAACCGGAAUGGUCGUCGGGAUAGUUGCUGCUGCCGCUUUAUGCAUCCUUAUUCUACUGUACGCCAUGUAUAAGUACAGAAACAGGGACGAAGGAUCUUACCAAGUGGACGAGACCAGAAAUUACAUAACCAACUCAGCACAGAGCAAUGGCGCUGUAAUGAAGGACAAACAGCAGAGUUCAAAAAGCGGCAACAAGAAACAGAAAAACAAGGACAAGGAAUACUACGUGUGA